AUGGCGGCGCAGGUCUCGACGGCGCGCGUCUUCUACUCCCUGAGCGCGAGCACGCGCUCCUCGCCGACAUUCAACAACAAGGGGGACACGAUUCUUCCCCCGUUCUGCCGCGGUGCCUUUGUUGCUGCGCUGAACUCGCUCGGUGUGCGUACGCACUUUGUGCCGCAGGGCGAGGCGGACGGCGUCUGCGUCGUUCUCGCAGACGAGAUGGGCGGCUACGUUCUCGGGCGGGAUACGGACUUUGUCAUCCUGAGCGCCGGUGCGAGCGACAAGCUGCGCGGCUAUGCACCGCUGGAUAUGAUGGAGUGGACCGACUCGGCGCCGCCAGAGGACGCCGACGCACCGCCGGCAGCAGAUUUUACGACCGUCGCUGCGAAGCGACCGCGCUCAGCGCGCUCUCGCAUGCUUCCCCCGACCGAUGCGGCAAAUCCGACACUCGUGCUCGCCACCUACGCCACUGCUCCUCUCUGCCGGCGGCUCAGGCUCGAUGCGCCGAUGCUCCCGCUCCUCUCGUCUCUGGUCGGGAACGACUAUACGCCGCAGUGGGCAGGCGAGGCUCUGUUCCCCCGCAUGCGACCGGGAGAUCGGAUCGAGCGCGUCGCGCGUGUUCUGUCAGAGCUCAGGCCCAACGUCUCUUCCGCCGACGAGCUGGUCCGCCGUGCUGUGCGCCGACUCUGGGCCAAGCCGUUCGUCGACGACGCUGCUGUUGCCGAGCUUACCGACGCGGUUAUCGACGCGACGAUCCAGUACGUCCUCCCGCCUCCCGACUGCUGCGCGCAAUUCCCCUUCUGCGGCGAGCUCGACGCUGGCUGUAGGACAGCCACGGCGAGUCGCGCAACGAGUGCUGCGCCUAGCCGCGCGCCGACACCUGGUGGCUCGACCUCUGGACAUUGCGGGCAGCACUCGGACGCUGUUGUCGCGUACGCCGCUGCUCAGCGUGAGGGCCGCCUGAAUUCGCUCGCUUCCGCCUACCUUCACCCGGACCGCGUCCACCUGUGGUCUGCGCUCGAGGACCCGUCAACUGCAAGCUGUCGCGCCAGUGUCGCUGCGUGCCGUGCCCGUCUCGCCGCCUACACGAUUCUAGACGCCGCGGUAGGAGGAUUGCGUUUCCCUCCAGCCUCCGCCGAGAUGCUCGACGAGCAGAAACAGGACCAAGAGGCGAACGCGCUGCUCGGCAUCGAGGCGGAGGAGGAGCAGAGCGAGGAGCGGCCGCGCGUCGUCACAGAGUACCUUCGCCAAGGUGGCGGGCGAAUCGUCGUUGCGAGGCGAGCGGUCCUGCCGCCGCAGGGCGAGGCAGUGGACGGAGACGAACUCGAGAACGGAGACGCGGCCAACGGAGCAGAGGCUAACGGGAGGCGCAACGGGGAGACGCCAGAGUGCCUUCUCCCGCUUGCCGAACGUCAGCGCCUCUACCUCCACCACCUCGGCGCCGACACGCCCGCGAUCCUCGCCCUGCCACCUCGUCUGCACCCGCUCGUCGCCGCCGUGCGCCUCCUCCUCUCCACAGGCGGGGACUGGACGCGGUCCGAGAUCGAAGCGCUCCUGCGCGGCUGCAUCGGGUCCCUGGCGGCGUGGGACGCUGCCAAAGACACUGCAACGGAUACCGAGCCCGAGUCAGCAUACGCGACGGCAAACGAGGAGCCCGAGCCGUCCUCUCCCCUCUCGCCGCGUCUCGAGCGUAUCAUGAGCGGCAAGUCCCAGACCUUCGACCCCGAGAUCACGCCCCCGGCCGUGGAGCUCACUUCGCGCGCGACCCGGCUCGUUGCCGCCCUCACCUCGGCGCUGCAGGACAGCCAGGCGCUGGCGCAGGCGCUCCUCCUCCCCCCGCCUCAUGGCAGCCCGCACGUCUGGAUCGCGGGUGCUGCGCUUCACUCGCUGCUGAACGGACAGGAUCCACCCCCAGGCGCGGGAUGGGCUUGGAAUCGCGCCGCGAAGAAUCAGUGGAAGCGCGCCGUCGCGGCCACGCUGGAGGGGUACGACCUGCCGUCCGCGCCGGCCGAGACGAAGAAGAGCAGGAAGAAGAACAAGAAUAGGGGCAAGAAGGCCUCUGAGCCCGAGAAAGGGGGCAAGGACAACGGACCCGCGAAUCGGUUCGACCUCCUCGUUGGCAUGUAG